AAUAAAAAUAAAAGAAUAUAUUUUUCCAUUCUUCUGCCAUUACUCUCUCUCUCUCUCGUCGAACAUCUCUUCAUUGCUAUUUUGAAUUUAGCGGAUUGCUCAAGCUUUCGAGUUCGAAUCUUAAAGGGUUUUCUAGAGUUAGCAAAAAGAUCGUUUCUUGAUUCUCGUGAAUGGAUUUGAGCAAGUAGAAGAGGAAAAAAAAAGAGACUCUUUUUUUUUCUGAAAUUUGCGGCGGAGAUGAGCGCUUCGAGGUUCAUAAAGUGUGUCACCGUCGGCGAUGGUGCCGUCGGAAAGACAUGUAUGCUGAUCUCUUACACGAGCAACACCUUCCCUACGAUCUUCGAGAUGACAAGCAGUUCUUCAUAGACCAUCCUGGUGCAGUGCCCAUCAGUACUAACCAGGGAGAGGAACUAAAGAAACUGAUAGGGUCUCCGGCUUACAUUGAAUGCAGUUCAAAGACGCAGCAGAACGUGAAGGCAGUCUUUGACGCAGCCAUAAAAGUAGUGCUUCAGCCACCAAAGCAAAAGAAGAAGAAAAAGAAGAAUGGUUGUGUUUUCUUGUGAUCAUCUUUACAAAAAAAAAAAACAAGAAGAAGAUUUAGGUAACAUUGUAAGGGUGAAUCUAAAGGGUGAAGCGUAGCCAAGGAUGAGUUCUUCUGGGUGUGGUGUUGUACUUUUGCUUUGUAAUGUAGACUAAUCUCUUAAUACAAUUUCUUUCUUUUUUUUGCUGCUUGAAUCCUGUGAACAGUCGAAUUUAAUUAAUUUAUCAUCGUUGAUCUU